AAUCUCUUCGAGUUUACCAUCAUUACAUUUACAUAGUUUAUUCCCUUACAAAUGGAUCCCGUUCUAAAUUCGUCUGAAAUCAUCUGUCAAAUUUUCUUUCGUCUUCGGAUAUUGUGACGUUCUUUUAAAAAAAAUUUUUUUUAGAUCAUUUAAAUAUUAAUGUCAAAAAUUUACUCCCCCAUUAACAAUGGUGAAUGUAGAAAAAAUUCGAAAAUCUUAUCCACUCCAUUGGCUUGUUUGGAAUAAUGAUUAUGUUCAACUUGAUAAGGAGUUGUCCACAAAUCUGCACGAUAUUGAGAAACACGAUUGUAGAGGUAGAACGCCGCUUAUGUUGGCUGUAACUCUUGGACAUCAGGAUUCAACAAUGAUUUUACUGCAACACGAUGCGAAUGUAAAUACCGAAAAUACUCAAGGAUGGAGUGUGGUACAGGAAGCUGUGGGAACCGGGAAUCCGCAAUUGCUCCAAAUUGUUCUUGCAAGGCGAGACUACCAAAGAUAUUGCAAUCGUGUCGCUGGAAUUCCGGAACUUCUUCAUAAACUUAAACAGGCUCCAGACUUUUACGUAGAAAUGAAAUGGGAAUUCACAAGUUGGGUACCUCUUGCCUCUCGAAUGUGUCCAAGUGACACUUACAAGGUUUAUAAGCAAGGAAGUAAUGUGAGAAUCGAUACGACUCUUUUGGGCUUUGAUCACGCGAAUUGGCAACGAGGAAAUCGCAGUUACGUUUUCAAAGGUCAAACUACACCAAAUCCACCUCUGACGAUUAGGUGCGAUCGCAGUUAUGUCUUCAGCAUGAAAGGCGACCACGCAGACGAUGGAGCAACAAUGAUGGAAGUAGAUCACGAAACAAGAAAAGUUUAUGUGGAACACAUGAACCUCAUUGGAGAUGAAAAUAUUCAACUGAUGGAACCUUCUGAGGAGGGAAUUUUAGCUAGACUCACAAAUCCAAUUGUUACAACUUAUAUUGACACGGAUAAAAUUAGUUUUGAAAGAAAUAAGGCGGGAAUUUGGGGCUGGCGAUCCGAUAAAAGUGAAUCGGUAAAUGGCCACGAGUGUAAAGUAUUUAGUGCUAGUAAUGUAGAAUUAAUAACGAAAACAAGAAUGGAACAUUUGACGGAAGCUGAUAAAGCGAGAGCAAGAGCACCACGAACACCAAUUCAAUCGUUUUUGGGAAUUGCCGAGCAACAGCAACAAGAAAAUUAUGGAGCUGCUGCUGUUAGUGAAGAAUUUACUAAUGUUGGAAAUCCCUCCAAUAUCACGGCCGAAGAAUAUUUCGAUCCAAAUGUCAAUUUAAAUGGCAGAGAUAUUGGCAGGCCGAAGGAAGUUAACACAAAGAUACAAAAGUUCAAAGCAACUUUAUGGCUUUGUGAAGAUUAUCCACUUAGUCUUCAGGAACAAAUAAUGCCAAUUGUGGAUCUUAUGGCAAUAUCUAGUUCUCAUUUUGCCAAACUGAAAGACUUUAUCCAAAUGCAAUUGCCUGCUGGAUUCCCCGUGAAAAUUGAAAUUCCGCUCUUCCAUAUUUUAAACGCGAGAAUAACAUUUGGAAAUAUUUUUGGUAUGGAUCAAGAGAUUUCAAAUGUUAGUCGACUACAGGAAAUGAAUAGAAUGACUUGUAUUGUGGACGACAUUUGCUUUCAAGCACCACCAGGAUAUGUUAAAUUAGGUGCAGAAGUUCGAACACAAUUUAGCGUCGAGGAAGAAGACGAUUUACUUCAGUUUGCUAUUCAGCAAAGUCUCAUUGAAGCUGGAAGUGAAAGAGACGAGGUAGGAGGAGGAUAUUCGAAUUUAAAGAAAAAGGUGGAUAUUUGGGAAGCGCUAAAUGUUCAAAAACCUUCGCGACCUUCAACUCCAAGCAUUUCUGCCGAAGAGGAAAAACAACUUCAAAGAGCAAUUCAAGCGAGUUUAGAACUUUAUCGUGAAACAUCAGACUACAUGGGUAACGAUGAAGCGAGAGUUUUACCAUCAGAACAAGAACCCAGAGAAGCCGCCGCAUUUGAAGGUGCCGCUGAACAGUUAGAAAUUGCCCUUAGGCUCUCUGAACAACAACAACUUGAAGAGGAACAACGGCGACUUGUUGAAGAGGAAACUUUCCGUCAAGUUCUAGAACUUUCGCUCACUGACAAGUGAAACAAACACAAAAGAAAAGAAACAAAACACACGCGCGAUAUAUCAACAAAUUCGUUUAUUAAUUAUUACGAAAUCUAAAAUCUUCCUGCAAUGAAAAUGAAAAAAGUGUUCAGAAUGGAGAUCCUUUCUCUCUGUGUAUAAUUGGUGUAGACAGACCUUCCCCGUCCCUCAUUGACGAGAAUUGAGGCGAGACUGCAAUUUUCAAGAAUUUCAUUUCAUUGAAAGGAGAAAUGAAAAUAUAAAAAAUCGGAGAAUUCUAUUUUAGACCAUCACUAGUAAGAGAAAAAAACAACUAUCGCUUUGUAGAGUAUUUUUAAAAUACAAUUUAGUUUAUUAAAAAUUCUCUAAAUGGCCAUUUCAAAAUAUCGUCGACUUUUAUAUUUUUGUAUAUGUGCGAUUCCAAGUGAGAUUUUGACUUUUUCGGAGUAGGUUAACCGAUUGCAAUGAAACUUUGGAAUUUUGUUAUAUAUAGUAAGACUAAUCUUUAACGUAAAUUUCAGCCUAAAAUAUUUGUUAGUUUACGAGAUUUGCAAUAAUAACAAAAAAUUAAAAAAUUGCUAUAUCUUCCGUUCUAAUAAACGGAUUGAGGUCUACUUUUUUUUAAAAUGUCAAGGAAAAUGAGAGGAAUAAAUCUCUUUCAGAACAUUUUUUUAUAAUUUUACAACUAAACUAAACAUCUUACCUGUGUUUUCUUUAAUGUUCCAAAGGAUUUUUAUUGUAAAUGUAAGUUUAACUUAAGAAAUUUUAUUAAUUUAUUAGUAUAAACAAUUGAGAUUUCUGCUAGUUGACGUGCAGACGACAUUGCGCACGCAGCAUUCUCACAUAGCCAAUUUAGUCCACGAAUCACGUCAGUUGGCUAUGUGAGAAUGCUGCGUGCGCAAUGUCGUCUGCACGUCAACUAGCAGAAAUCUCAAUUGUUUAUACUAAUAAAUUAAUAAAAUUUCUUAAGUUAAACUUACAUUUACAAUAAAAAUCCUUUGGAACAUUAAAGAAAACACAGGUAAGAUCAUUUUAGCGUUUAAGUGAUUGAAUUUUAGUUAGUCGCGCGAAAGUUAUUCAAUUAUUAUUUAAUAAUUUUUUUAGUUGUAAAAUUAUAAAAAAAUGUUCUGAAAGAGAUUUAUUCCUCUCAUUUUCCUUGACAUUUUAAAAAAAAGUAGACCUCAAUCCGUUUAUUAGAACGGAAGAUAUAGCAGUUUUAAAUUUUUUGUUAUUAUUGCAAAUCUCGUAAACUAACAAAUAUUUUAGGCUGAAAUUUACGUUAAAGAUUAGUCUUACUAUAUAUAACAAAAUUCCAAAGUUUCAUUGCAAUCGGUUAACCUACUCCGAAAAAGUCAAAAUCUCACUUGGAAUCGCACAUAUGGCUAAUUUUUUUUUACUUUUUGUAAUUGACAAAAAAAAUUGCAGAAUUUUUUUUUCUAAUUUCUUUAUUAAGUCGUUCACGAGGUAUGAAUUUUUGAAAAUUUCAGAUUUUUUUAAAAGUAUUUGAUUAGAAAUAAUUAUUUUUUAGUCGAAUUUUCAAAUUAAAUUAUAUACCUAUAAAUUAAUAAAAUAAAUAAAGAAUAAUUUUAAUAAAAUAAAUCGUGUUUCAAAAAUGUUCUCUAAGCUAGUGAUGCAAUUUAAAAUAAAAUACACUAACGGUCGGUAUUUUGCGAUCAUCUAUUUUUAAUCAAUCAAAAAUAUCUUAAAACACAAAAUGUCAGGAGAAUAACAUUUUUUUUUAAAAAAUUAAUUAUUAUUUUUCGAAUGAAAAAUAUUUUUAUUUUCAAUCGUUGAUCAUAAACUUUGUGGACUUCGCCGACUUUCAAAUAAAUAAAUAAAAUUACUUAUUUCAGUUCUUAUUCUUCUCAUAAUUCUAUAAUUUUUUAAAAAAUGAGAAAAAAUGUUUAGUCUCCUUACAUGUUGUUUUAAAAUGUUUUUUAUUCAUCAAAAAAAUGAUGACACAAUUUUUUACCAAUAGUGUAGAAAUCAUAAUAAGAAUAAUAAAAAGGAAAAGAAAAUUUUCUAUUAAAUAAAGAAAGAAACAAGUCUUUUUAGUGUUGAACUUAUUAUUAUAAUAAAUGAAAAUUCUUAUAACCUGAAAGUGUAAAUAACCCAGGGACGUCCGAAUAAGGAACAAAAUAAAAAGACUUAUAAACUAAUAAUUAUAAUAAGAGAAAUAAGCAAUUUUGACAUUUGAUAAAAAAGAAAAAAAAUAACUAAGACAUAUUGUACUCUUGCCUUAAAAUAAGGAAUGGUCAUAUAUUUAUUCGCCUCUUUUCUCCAAUGAGUCUCCUAUUUUAUAAAACUUUAUAUACGCGAUUAGUGUUCCUAUUAUUAUUAGGCGGUACAUCGAAGGGCGUCCUUAGGGUGAAUUUCCUACUGAUGUGGUAUAUUUGUAUAAAACUUUCUUCGAUAAACACAAAAAAAAUAAUAAUAAAACUGACUGCAGCGAGAGUCCUUAUUCGUACUCCGAUUGAGCCCUGAAACAAUUAUGUUUCAUUGUUAAAGAUGAUGAUGACGAUAUUAUAAUUAUUAUUAUUAGUAUUAUUAUUAUAAUUAUUAAAAAAAUGUUACAAUUUAUUAUUAUUAUUAUUAUUAUUAUUAUUAUCUUCAAUAUUAAUAUAUUUUCAGCCUAUGUUUCGAAAGAUUAUGUUUUAUGUAAGAUGAUUGUAAAAAAAAUGUUCAUUACAAUCUCAUUCCAAAAGUAGGAAACAUUUUUCAUUUAUUUCUUUUAAUAAAGAAAAAAUACAUUUACAUUGAAAAUAUA